ACAAAUGGACAAAAUAUGACCACUAAAUCAUUGAACGAAAAUAAAUAUCAUUUAACAAAUAGAAGCGCAAGAAUAUAUUUUCCAAUAUUUGAAAUGAUUGAGUUUCCCAAUGAGGGCUGUAUGACAGUGGACGGCCUAAUGGGCACGUGUUAUGCGCGUACAGAAUGUCUACUAUUUAAUGGAAUCAGCCGUGGAUUUUGUGCGCGUGGUUUCGGUGUUUGUUGUUUCUUUAAAGCAAAUUGUGGUGAUAUUAUGUUCCGAAAUCGGACACAUCUAUUAAACCCUAACUUUCCGCACGCUUUCAAUGGUGAGAUGCUCUGCGAUACCACCAUAAAGACACCGAUCGAUGCCUGUCAGGUGAGACUUCAUUUCGUCCAAUUCCUUAUAUCCAAUCCCAAAGACAAACUCUGUACGGUUGACUCCCUAACUAUACCGCAUUCAUAUAAAAUACCGAUCCUUUGUGGAAACCUAACCGGUCAGCACAUUUAUUUAGAGGCCAAAGGUAUUCAAGAGUUAAAACUUAAAAUAGCAACAGGAAGUCAUCCUAUGAAUAGGUAUUGGAUUAUUGAAGUCCAGUUCAUUCAAUGCGAUCUAUUGCUCAAAGCGCCAUCCGGUUGUCUGCAAUACUAUACGGGUAUCGAUGGAGUAAUCAAGACAUUCAACUUUGAUUGUGUCCGACGACGUCAAUUGCCAACCCGUUGUCGUUCAAAUAAAGUGAUCAAUACAUUCAAUUCAGUCAACAAUACCGGUAGUGGUAAUUGUCUUCAACAACAUGAGUUCAUUGACAGAUCACAUGAAUGUCUUAUUGGUGAUCUUGAGUAUAAUAUUUGUAUUAGAAUUGAAUGGCAAAGAUGUGCUAUUGAAUGGCGGGCUAAUCACUUUGAUAUGGGACCCAAUGGACUCUUUGGUGGCCAACGUGGAGACUUUUGUCAGCAAAACUACAUAACCAUUGAAAAUGCCAAAAGUUUGAAGGAUUUUACUAAUAGUGAGGUAAACAAACAAAUUGCUAUCAAAAGUUUCGACAGAUUUUGUGGAUCAGCUCUUAAUAUCGACAGAUUUAAUACAACAAGUUCUCCGUUGAUAAGUACAGUAAAACCAUUUCAAUUGGGAGUCACAACUAGCCAUCACUUUGUUGGCCGAUUAAGAGGUGCCUCACUAUCCUAUCACCAAAAAGUCUGUGUCGGCAAUGCAUAAGUC